GACUGAUAUAAAGUCAAGACUUUAACAUUGAUUGAUAAAAUGCUAGAAGUAUGUAGAAACUAAUGUGCGUUUUCAACUUCCAGAAAGAUUGAUGUCCCUUUGGGGGUCCAGAAAGCUGUGAUGGAGAAUCUACGAGAAGUCCUGUUCAACAACAGCACAGUCUUUCCAGACCUGCCAUGCCGCUUCAAACCGGGAAAGAUCUACUUGGACAGACUGGAUGGGAAGAAAAAGGUGGUUGUGAGCUCUGCUGCCCAUGCCAACUUACAACGUGACGGGGUCUUGGUAGCACCAGUCAAUGAGUUGGGGACUGCUGACAUCAACCACAUGACCUCAGCAAAGAAGGAGGACCUCAUCCCCACCAGUGAUGAUCAGUACUGUGACAUCGCCACACUGUUGGAUGAUCUGGACAGGAGAUUCUUCUCCACACUGGGUCCAGAUCCUCACCAGGUGUUCAGUGUUUUGACUGAAUAUGCAAUGUAA